AAUCCCCGAAAAUCCAUCCAGUGCACCUCAAGGAGCGAAUUUUGUUUUGUCGCUUGGCUCAACUCUUUUGCCAUUUGCAGGACUCACCGCGCGGCGAAGCGGAUGGCCAAUCCUUCAUCUUUCCCGCCAUUGUGGAGACGAGCGUCGGCAGCACCAAUGUGGCAUCCACCAGCAGCAGCAGCAACAAUGACAACAACGACAGCAACAACUCCAUCAGCACCAGGCGCAGCAACAAUCACCUGACACUGAGAACGGAACGUCGCAGCUCCCUCUACUGUGAUACCCUGCACGCUGGCGACUCGGGCAUCGACUCAGUACAGGCCUCGCCCUCGCCCAAUGCAUUCAUUGCACCACCGGGCGUACACGGUCUGCCCGGCGGCCAUUCGGGCGGCCGGUCAUGCCAUGUGUCRCCCACGAGCACGCCCACCCAGGGCUCGCCGAAUCUAUCGCUGGGUCGCCGGCACAUGCGAAACAGCAUCUGUGUGGUGCCCAGCGGCGGUGCGGCCAAUUAUCGRCGUAAAUCAAGCGCGCUACUGCAUCCGGAUCAUGCUCGAUUGUUUGCGCUGCGGAUGAAGCAUGCGGCUGCAUUGGAACGRGCGCAAACAUCGCCGGAUCAGACRUCGAUUGAGGAUGCGAAUGAGUUUCAUGACAAUGGACUGGCCACCAAUAUGCGUUUGUGCUCUGCCUCGUCGUCGACGACGUCGUCGCUGACAUCCGUGGCAGCGGUCAGCCUGGGCGGGGGUGUGGCAGCUGCCAGUGGUGGUGGCAGCAGUGGCGGCAUUGCCACCGCCAGCAGCGGCGCCUGCUCCUCCUCCGCUUAUGCUGUCGGCGCGGCGGGCGCACAGCAGCGAGUCUCCGAUCCCUGGCUGCAGCCACAAUCCGAUCGUGACUCGCGACACGGCCAUCAACACGACGGCCGACGGCGUUCAUCGACAAUGACCGCCCGCUAUUCGCUCUUCGAUGCACUCGAUCUGGAGUACGUGCUGCUCCGGGCGGCGGCUCGCGGCUCUGUGGGUCCCUACUCGCUCAGCGAGUCCAUACACAAACUGACCUUCACACAGUCGCUGGCAUUUCCAGCGCUGGCGCGCGGUCUGGCCACCAAGCGCCGGAGAUCGGCUACGCACACCAGUUCCAGGCCGCUAAAUCCGCACGAAUCGGGCUUGAAUACGUGCGCCAAGGUUGUUACCGCUGUCGUCCUGGUUGCCAUCUCCUUUAUGGUAUUUCUCAUAGUGUACAAAUUUGUGCGCACGUGAGGUUUGCUCCUGGCCCCGACGCCAGACUUCUCCGUCACAUAUCAGACGACCACCAGGGACGA